GGGUGUGUCUCUUUGAGAAAUAGCCGUCAGUUUGAAACUUUGCCAGCUUUUUUUCGUCCCGCUACCUCCCUGGUUUCUGCCAGCGCCCGUUUCUCCUCCAAACUUCAGUCGGUUCACGUUAUGUCGGAGAGGAGGUGAGAGGCUUUCUACAGGAGUGUACGUCUCGCCCCACGGAGUUUCCUGCGUUUGUCCUAAACACUAGUUAGAGACCAGUGGAGUCAGUUUGGAACUUUUGAGUUUCAUCCACCAUGGGGGACGUGAUUUCCAGUCACCUGGAUGAAGCCAAGCGGGAGAUUAUCACAGCUCAGACCGGGGAGGUGAUGGGGGAGUUUGGGCGUAUGUAUGAGCAGCAGUAUGCAGUGGCUCUCUUUAACAAAGUUCGCUUUGACAUAGAAGGAGGAGGUGGCCCUCAACCCCAACUACUACACCGCAAGAUUCCUCUGGAGAACAAGUCCAUCUUCUCUGGCUCACUCUUUCAGUAUCUGGAGGAGAAUAAGAAGUGGAGGAACCGCUUCCUGUUUGUCCCAGACUCGUACAACAUCAACUAUUACGACAAUAAAGCAUCCUAUGACAGACGCCUCCAUCCCAAAGGAACCAUCAACUGUGCCGGCUACAAAGUGCUGACAUCUAUCGAGCAGUACCUGGAACUGAUCAGCAGCAGCCUGCCAGGUGUGAAAGCCAAGGAGGGAAGUUCACCCUUCCUAAAAUGUGCCACCCAAUUCCCUCUGAUCCUCUGGCACCCUUACGCCCGUCACUACUACUUCUGUGUGGCGACAGAGAAAGAGCAGCAGAAGUGGCACGCUGUCCUCCAAGACUGUGUCAGACACACCAAUGAUGGUUUGUCAGAGGAGAAUAAGGUCCAAACCCCAGCCUUUACUGAUGCAGUUCGACUCUACCGCCAAGCUCAAGGGAACUAUGGCACCUGGGAGAUGAUGUGUGGUGUACCAUCGCAGAUCCUGUCUAACUUGGUGAUGGAGGGCCUCCUCCCUGUGCUGAGGGAGCUCAUCUCCCCACGCCUCAAAGGCAAACUACACGAGAGGCAGAGGAACUGGAUGUUGAUUGGUGAUGCUGUAUACAGCCUGGUGCAGGGGCAGUGCCAGGCUCAGUAUGAAGCUCUAGUGCAGAAGUGUGAGGCGGCCCGCUCCACUCUGGAGGCCUCCAUACGAACAGACAUGGACCAGAUCAUCACCUCCAAGGAGCAUGUCACCAACAAGAUCAGAGAGGUGGUUCUCCACAAGGCCGAAAAGCUGCUUAAGGUAAGCAUUCAGCCCUACAUCAGCUCCAUCCUGGAUGCCCUAAUGGAGCCAACCAGUCGAGGCUUCGCUGAGGUCCGAGAUUUGUUCUUCAGAGAGUUGGUGGACAUGAGCAAGAACACCCUCAAUGAGGGCACCAAGGAGACUGUGGCACAGCACAUGGAAAAGAUCUCCAUGCUGGCCUUCCAUCCGGUGAAGAUGCAGAGCUGCUAUGAGAAGGUGGAGCACCUGAGUCUGGAGGGUCUGCAGCAGAGGUUUGAUGUCUCCUGCCCCUCAGUGUUUGUCCAGAGGGCCCAGAUCCUCAUGAGAGAGCAAAUGGACAAUGCAGUGUAUACAUUUGAGCAGAUCCUUCACCAGAGUCUGGAGUCUCAGGGUACAGAGGGACUCUGUAAGACCAUCCAACGCUGCCAGGACAGAGUCAUUAAGAAAUUUGACUAUGACAGCAGCACCGUGAGAAAGCGUUUCUUCCGUGAGGCUCUUCUCCAGAUCUUCAUCCCCUACAUGCUGAAGCAGCUCAGCCCUUCCUGUGCCUCAGAGCUGCCUCGCUUCCAGGAGCUGAUCUUUGAGGACUUUUCCCGUUUCAUCCUGGUGGAGAACAUCUUUGAGGAGGUUGUGCUGCAGUCUGUCAUGAAGGACAUCAUGAUGGCUGUGAAGGAGGCGGCAGUCCAGAGGAGACACAACCUGUACAGGGACAGCAUUGUGCUCAGCAACAGCGACCCCAGCCUGCACCUGUUGGGAGAAAACCCCUCCAUCGACUGGGCCGGAGAGUAUGGAGGGGCCCAGGAAGAGGUGGACAGUACAGGGGAGGACACUGAAGGUGAUGCUGAGGGUCAAAGUGUAGAGCCCUAUAACAGGAGGAGGAUGAAGCAGGUGGUGUCAAUGAUCCAGGUGGAAGGAUCCCCAGUCCUGCCCAACGAGUCAUGCAUAGAGGUGCCUGGCAUCAAUGACAUUCCAGAGGAAGAGGAGGAGAAGGGUGGAGAUGGGAAGGAGGACUCGGAUGAUAAAGCUUCUCCUGACCAGAAUGGAUCAGCAAGUCCCACAGCUUCAGAAAACCCUCCAGACUUAAACGGUUCUGUCUCGAAAGAGGAGGAAGCCAAUCCAGAGGACCAGGAUAAAGUGGAAGUCCCCCUGAAAGAUGAAACUGCCACAGAAAGUGCUUCUGCUGUAGAUGACAACCAGCCUAUGGUGGAGGAACAGCCAUCCUCCAACCAGGAGGUGCCAGAGGAGGCAAUGCCACCGCCACCUCCCUCCGACGAAAUCUCACCUGUGGCUACAGAAACGUUUCCAGAGAGCCCUCCGGAGGCGACAUCUGACUUCCCCCCGCCACCACACGACGACAGUGGCUUCCAGUCUCCCUCCAGUGAAGGGGCGCAGGCAGAGGAGGAGGAGGACGCGGCCCCUAGCACAGUGGCUCCACAGGAGCACCCUGAGGUGAUGGAGAAGAGUGGUGCCACAGCAUCAGCAGCAGAGACCGAAACCAGUGACUCUGAGAUAAGAGACCAGUGAUGAAAUGAUUUCCAUUUGUUUGUCCUGAACUGAAAUCUGUGGUCUUUGGCAACAAUUCAGACCCUUCAUGCUGUUUUGAACAAACAUAUGGGUGAGUUUUCGGUUCCCACACAGGCUUCAGUCAUAAUAAUCACUCAACAGAUUAUUUUCACCGAGCAGGGCUCAGGUGCUGUCGACAUUUUUUUUUUUUUUUUUAGUAUAGUAUGAGUUUCACAACUUUUCAUCUGACAACCAUACACAUAGAAGUUGCGCACGUUAUUUUUUCUUCACGUAGUGUAAGUGUGAGCACAGUGGACGACCUUGAGUUCCUAAUGGUGUGUUAUGAACAUGUGACAAGUUGCGGGAACCCCAGAUGAUUUAGCGCUCUCUUUAAGUCUCUUUUGUGCAAAUACCGUUUGUGCUUUUGGAAACUCAUUUUUUGGAUAUUGUUGGACUUAACUGGCUAACAGAAAAUACAUUCCAAAUUUCAAAGGAUAUUUUUUCCAUCUCAGAUUUACCUUUUAAUUCAUUAAUUGUCUCCACGUACACACCAUGUACAUGCGGUUUCUUUUUUCUUGGUGGCUGUAACACUAUUUUAUAACUUUUUCCCUUAUUAAAGAAAGCUUAUGUAUAUUAUGUAUAAAUAUUUGGAUCAACCGGUGAACAACCAAACUGUCAUUUUACAUAAUUUUAUAUCACGCAUCAUCGCUGAUCUCUUCUUCCCUAUUUUAUUUAUUAUUUUGCACCCAUUCCUCUGUUUUUUUUGACCAGUGUACUUUUAGGUUAAUUUUAUCUUGUGUGAUACAAACUGCUAAUAAAUCAUUGUUAAUUAUUA